UCUAUUUAAAAUAGGAAGGAUGGAGCAGAAAGUAUUCCUUUUUCUGGCAAGAAAGCCCUGAAUAUCAUUUGGGGAAAUUCAUCCCUAAGAAGCACUGAAUGAGCGAUGUGGUGUCAUGUUUAAAAUAGUUUAUCCAUAGUAUGUAUUAUGAACAAUGUAGCUUCCUCUAUUAGUUUGCAAGGGCUGCCAUAACAGAGCACUACAGACUUAUUUCCUCACAGUUCUGGAGGCUAGAACUCUUAAGAUCAAGGUGUUGGUAGGGCUGAUCUCUUCUGAGGACUUUCUCCCUGUCUUGUAGAUGGCCAUCUUCUCCCUGUGUUUUCAUGUUGGCUUCCCUCUCUGUCUGUCCAUGUCCUAAUCUCUUCUUCUUAAAAAGACACCAGUGAUAUUGGAUUACAGUCCACUUAUAUGACCUCAUUUUACUUUACCUCUUUAAAGACCCUAUCUCCAAACAGUUUCAUUCUGAGGUACUGGGGGUUAGGACUUCAACAUAUGAAUUUUGGGGGAACACAACUCAGCCUAUAAUACUUCCUAUCUGCAUCACAGAGCUGUUAGCCUAAAUAAGAGAAUUACUUAGGAAAACAAUGUGAGUGUAAUUAUAUCCUGUAUAAGAGGGUGUCUGUUAAGGUCGUUAAAUUAGUCACAUGGUCAACUAUUUUAAAAUCAUUUGUGAAUUUAAGUUGCUUGUAAGGAAAGAUGUUAGUGGCUACUAUUUUGGAGAACAGGCUAUGAAGAGAAUCAGGUGACAUAUUGAAGAUCAUCUGUGCAAACAAGUGGUAAAAUUUUUUAAAUUCUCUAAAUUGAAAAAAAAUGAGAAAAGUAAUCUAACAAUGGUUACUUAUAGAAGAUAAGAGGUGUGUUUUUUGGGGAAGCUUAAAAUAAUUUAUGAAGAGCAUGGCAAAAAUAGUAUUAGAACAGAGUAGAUGUGAAAUAAAGAAUAAAAAGGAUCAGAAAAUGGGAAACAUUUGUUCAUUAUCAUCAGUUACGUUGAUUUAUACGAGACUGGCCUUUUAGCAGACAGAAAAUGGUCUAGUAUCGACAAUUCUGUGUCAACCUAACAUAAAAGAAACCAGAGGAUUUAGCCUGUAGAAGACAGAAAAGGGAAGUGCCUACGAGCCAUAAUUACGGAAAAUUAAAGGACUUUGUAUUGAAAGCAUUACACAAUUCUCACUUAAAAUCUCAGCCUCAGCAUAGUUAUAAUGAUAUUGUGACCCACUCCUCACCCGAUUGAUUUUCUUUUUAUAUUAUUAGCUACUUAAAUCCUCCAAGCAAAUUUCUGGAUUAGGUCUUCGGCUUUACCCAGGCCACACGCUGAAACGGACGCUGAACUUCCACUCUCCACAUAAAAGGGAUAUUCCCGUGUAUGGCAAGUUAUAAGAGCUUUAUUCCAUCACCCCACCCACCCCACUAUUCCCCACCCAUCCUUUCUCCGGAGCGUUGGCCACCUACAUCUACAAAUUCUACACAUUGCAUUUCCAUCAUCCUGCUGUCAGUGGGUGAGGAAAGGGUCAUUUCUUCCUCCGAAUCCCGAUUUGGAUAAAGCAGUACCCCUGUCUUUUUGCUACCAGGAGAUAGGGCAGGGACCCCCCUCGCCCAGCUCAGGGUAGAAGCGCUGGUGUUGAGGCUGAGUCGUACGAGGGGCCUGUUGACCUGGCACGGUUUAAGCACUUAACUGACAAAUAACACAAGAAAUCCGGUAACCAAUCAGAGCGUAAGGGUGCGGUGCGAGCAUCUUUUUUUUCAGGGUCGGUCACAGCCAAGUCUGACCCAGCGGAGGGGCGCGACCCGGAUUGGGUGGCCAACUUCCAGACAGCUUGCCCAGCCUGGUCCGCGGACCGCCACAGCCUGGUUGCGAGCGCGUCCCCGUUUCUUCUCGCGCAUCGCUGAUUGGAGGGGCUGGAGAGGAAGCGGUGGGCGCAGCCAAUCCGGAGCGGCCUCCGCCGCUCUCCUCCCCGCCCCCGGGCUUCCAGGGGAGUUGGCCUUGGGGCCGAGCACCGGUGUCUGCGUGUGCUCUCUCUUGAGGAUAGCGGCAGGAGGCCGCGGCUGAGGACUCCGGCGCACAGGCCAUGGCUUCCGCCGGGCUGCCCCAGGCUCCCGCCGAGGACUCCCCCUGGCCUCUGCGCCUUCUGCACGCGCCCCCGGGGCUGCUGCGGCUGGACCCCACGGGCGGCGCGCUGCUGCUUCUCGUUCUCGCCGCGCUGCUGGGCUGGAGCUGGCUGUGGCGGCGCCCGAAGCGGGGCAUACCCCCCGGGCCCACGCCUUGGCCCGUGGUGGGCAACUUCGGCUUCGUGCUGCUGCCGCCUUUCCUCCGACGGAAGAGCUGGCCGUACCGGCGGGCAAGGACCGGAGAAUUGAAUACCUCGGGCCUGGGCGUGCAGUUGCUCCUGGCAGACCUGGCCCGUGUGUACGGCAAUAUCUACAGCUUCUUCAUCGGCCACUACCUGGUGGUGGUCCUCAACGACUUCCACAGCGUGCGCGAGGCGCUGGUGCAGCAGGCCGAGGUCUUCAGCGACCGCCCGCGGAUGCCGCUCAACUACAUCCUGACCAAGGGGAAGGGGAUUGUAUUCGCACAUUAUGGUCCAGUCUGGAGACAACAGAGGAAGUUCUCUCAUUCAACUCUUCGUCAUUUUGGCCUGGGAAAGCUUAGCUUGGAGCCCAAGAUUAUUGAGGAGUUCAAAUAUGUGAAAGAGGAAAUGCAAAAGAAUGGAGAAGUCCUCUUCAAUCCUUUCCCCAUUGUCAACAACGCUGUCUCUAACAUAAUUUGCUCUUUGUGCUUUGGCCAGCGGUUUGAUUACACCAAUAGUGAGUUUAAGAAAAUGCUUAAUUUUAUGUCACGAGCGUUAGAAAUCUGUCUGAACACCCAGCUCCUCUUGGUCAACAUAUGCUCGUGGCUUUAUUACCUUCCCUUUGGACCAUUUAAGGAAUUAAGACAGAUUGAAAAGGAUUUAACUAUUUUCCUUAAAAAAAUCAUCGAAGACCAUCGAGAGUCUCUGGAUGUAGAGAACCCUCAGGACUUCAUAGACAUGUAUCUUCUCCAUGUGGAGGAGGAGAGGAAAAAUAAUAGCAAUAGUAGUUUUGAUGAAGAUUACUUAUUUUAUAUCAUUGGCGAUCUCUUCAUUGCUGGCACUGAUACCACAACUAACUCUUUGCUUUGGUGCCUCCUGUAUAUGUCACUGAACCCCGACAUACAAGAAAAGGUUCAUGAAGAAAUUGAAAGGGUCAUUGGUGGUGACCGUGCCCCCUCCCUCACUGACAAGGCCCGGAUGCCCUACACAGAAGCCACCAUCAUGGAAGUGCAGAGGCUGAGUGUGGUGGUGCCACUGUCCAUCCCUCACAUGACCUCAGAGAAAACAGUGCUCCAAGGGUAUACCAUUCCUAAAGGCACGAUAAUAUUACCCAACUUGUGGUCAAUACACAGAGACCCAGCCAUUUGGGAGAAGCCAAAUGAUUUCUACCCUAAUCGAUUUCUGGAUGAUCAAGGACAACUUAUUAAAAAGGAAACAUUUAUUCCUUUUGGGAUAGGGAAGCGGGUAUGUAUGGGAGAGCAGCUGGCAAAGAUGGAAUUAUUCCUGAUGUUCGUGAGCCUCAUGCAGAGUUUCACAUUUGCUUUGCCUAAGGACUCGAAGCCGAUCCUGACUGGGAAAUAUGGUCUAACUUUAGCCCCACAUCCGUUUAAUAUAAUCAUUUCAAAGAGGUAAAGAACAUCUCCAGGAAGAGAUGGUGCAGAGAAUGUAAAUACAUGUCCUUCUAAACAGAUUCUUCCUUCUGUAAUUGACAGCGGAUCCAGCAAUUCUGCAAGUCUAGGUUAGGCUUGGAUUAGAGAGAGAUUGGAAAGAGGGUAGAGCACGUGGGACCUUUCGUCUCGGAGGGUUCCUCAGAAGGAAACUUCAGCCAUUUUAGUAAUGCACGUGACUUGGGGGAUGGUGACGAAAGUACUGGAUUCGGAAGCAGGGGAUCCGGAUUUUAUUCCCAGCAGCCUCCACCAAUGAGCAUUUCUUCUCAUCCCUCAGUGCCUCAGUCAUUCCACGUGGAAAAUGACGGUAACAAAAUUUGACUUCUCUCUCUGUCUUGGCAUGAAUGAUGGUCAAACGCUCCAUCUUUUCUGACAUCACCAAAGCACUGUUAAGCUCUGGAGAACAAAUUCAGGAGAAGGAGGAAGACCUACCUGUUUAAGACCCAUGACAACAUGAAAGUGGUGUUCAGACUUGAAUACUUCAUCAGAGAAGGACGUGGGUUUAGGGGACAAUGAAUUAGAGCUUUUCUUAUUUAUUUAUUUUUUUACUUAAUUUCUUUUUGGCUGUGUUGUGUCUUCGUCACUGCGUGGGCUUUCUCUAGUUGCGGUGAGCAGGGGCUACUCUUCAUUGCCGUGCGUGGGCUCUCAUUGCAGUGACUUCUCUUGUUGCGGGGCACAGGCUCUAGGGCACACGCGGGCUCAGUAGUUGUGGCGCACGGGCUUAGUUGCUCCACGACAUGUGAGAUCUUCCUGGACCAGGGCUCAAACCCGUGUCCCCUGCAUUGGCAGGCAGAUUCUUUUUUUUUUUUCUAAUUUUUUUUAAAAUUUAUUCAUUUAUUUUUGGCUGUGUUGGGUACUCAUUGCUGCACGUGGGCUUUCUCUAGUUGCGGCGACCGGGGGCUACUCUUUGUUGAGGUGCACAGGCUUCUCGCUGCAGUGGCUUCUCUUGUUGCGGAGCAUGAGCUUUAGGUGCACAGGCUUCAGUAGUUGUGGCACGUGGGCUCAGUAGUUGUGGCUCAUGGGCUCUAGAGUUCAGGCUCAGUAGUUGUGGCACACGGGUUUAGUUGCUCCGCGGCACGUGGGAUCUUCCCAGACCAGGGCUCGAACCCAUGUCCCCUGCAUUGGCAGGUGGAUUCUUAACCACUGUGCCGCCACCAGGGAAGCCCUAGAGCUUUUCUUGACACAGAUCUUAUGUCGGUUUUGGAGGACUUGUUUUGUUAUUAUCUUUUCGUUUAUGAUUUUAGUUUUUACUUUUUGUAGACAUGCGAUGAAGUGGACCCUUGUUUAGUAUGUUGAGGAAAGGUUAUUGUCUGAAUGUAUACAUCUGCCUUCUAUUUCAGCUACAUGAACAGUGAGCCUAGCUGAAGAAGUGGCUUCAUGGCAGAAUUCCUUUCUGCUGUGUUUACUCACAAGGAUGUAGCUCUGGCUUCUGACUUGAGCCCUGAAUAGUGAGCUGUGGAAUUUUAAUACUGGGAUUUAUGAGAAAAGGAUUCAAACUGUACUGAACAUUCCUUAACUGUUCUUCCUGCCACCAGGCCUAAUGUAUCUCAUCCUUGAAGACUUGCAAAGACAGGAAGGCAUUCUUAAUUUUUUUAAGAUAACUAAAUUGUUUCUUAAUAAAUAAACUGCCUCUAAAAGAACAGUUCUCAAAAAAGGUAUCAGGGGAUAUUUGGAAAUAUGUGGGUGUGUUUUCAGUUAUCACAGUGAUGGGGGUGCUAAUGGCUUUUUUGUUGCCAUGAGGCCAGGAUGCUAAAUGUCUGAGCAGUCCUAGACAAUGAAGAACUGACCUGCCCAAAGAGAACAUGCUCCAAAAGUGGCUAGCCCUUUUCUUUAUUCUCCCAUUAUACUCCUUAUAUAGAAAGAAUUGUGAUAAUAAUAUAAGCAACUGUAUUUUUGAGCCUUUCCUCAUGCUGGCACCAUACUUUAUGCUUUACUUGUGUGCUUACAUAAUUCUUAAAGAAUGUUUAGUAAGACGAUGCCAUUCUGUAGCUGAUGGAGCUCAGGCUUAGAGAAGUUACGGCCUACAUGUAGUUAAAAAAUACCGCUGUGCAUUUCAAACCUACCAGUCUUUGUAACUGGAGAGUUCUUCCUGUACCACGUCUCUAUACUGCCUUCUGCAUUUUCAAUAUGGAUAAAUGAAAUACAGGCCAAUCUUUAGGUGCCUUGAGGAUUUUUGUUAAUUAAAAAAGAAAAACUAAGAAUGAAAUGCAUAGGCACUGUGAGUGAAUGGAGAGGUUGUUAUAGAGACUUUAUUUAUUGUUUAUUAAUUAAUUUUUAUUUUUGGCUGCAUUGGGUCUUCUUUGGUGUGUGCAGGCUUACUCUAGCUGCGGUGAGCGGGGGCUACUUCUCAUUGCGGUGGCUUCUCUUGUUGCGGAGCGUGGGCUUCAGUAGUUGUGGCACUUGGGCUCAGUAGUUGUGGCUCACGGGCUGUAGAGCGCAGGCUCAGUAGUUGUGGCACACAGGCUUAGUUGCUCCAUGGCAUGUAGGAUCUUCCUGGACCAGGGCUUGAACCCGCAUCCCCUGCAUUGGCAGGCGGAUUCUUAACCACUGUGCCACCAGGGAAGCCCCUGGAGACUUUAGAUGGAUGAUGCAUGUGUGGAUUACCGUGUACCAUGUGCAGGGUAGUUUGUUCUGAUCUGGAAUUUCAUAUGCUGCGGAAUUGCACUAAUAACUUUGCAUUAGCAAGUUUAUUACUCUUCGAUUUAUACAUGCAUUUUCAGUACCCCCUAACCAAACAGUUUGUAGCUAACUUGAGAAAAAAACUCUUCUGUGAGAUUAUGUUGAAAUCAGAUGUUUAUUAAACUUUAAAAUGUAAUGCCUUAAACUGUAGCACUUUUAAAACAUCUGUUUAUGGCAAAUCACUGAAAGGACUGUUAAUGCUUCCCUUGCACAUGUUGAUAUUUUACGAUUUUUUACUUUAUGAUGUAUUUGAAGUGUAAAAAUAAUAGUACUUUGUUUUAUAAGUUUGCCUAAUACCUACUUUUUAGUCCUCAUCAUUAGCAUGAUUUUUGAUGCUUACAUUAAACUUUUAAUUUUAACUGA